GCUGUAUAUAGAGUCAUGUGAAAGUGGGCGUGGUUAAAUGUAAACUGAAAAACAACAGACUGGAAGUCAGUUGGGACUUUAAUCCGGAUACAUAACAAAUAAACAGAAGGAAAACAUGAAGUAAACACGUUGGAAACUUGAACCUGGGAAUUAUCCUGCCCGGCAGCUGAAGACUUGUGGAUAAAAUGUGUUUUAUAUGAAGAAGUUCUCCUGCAGUAUUAAGGUUCUUUGACGACAGGAUGGCAGGUUUUUUAAUGUUUGUAGAGAAAGUGAAGCUGGGUCUGAAGAUAGACGUCCUGAGGGAAGUGGGACGUCAGUACCCAGUCUUCUGCUUCCUGCUGCUGUCUCUGGUGGCGCUCACACUGCUGCUAAACAGGUAUCUCCACGUCCUGAUGGUCUUCUGGUCGUUCCUCGCCGGCGUCACCACCUUCUACUGCUCCCUCGGACCGGAGUCCCUCGUUCCAAACAUCUUCUUCCCCGUGAAGCAGAGGAACAAACGUCAGGAGCAGGAACUGUUUCCUCUGGGUCACAGCUGCGCCGUGUGCGGGAAGGUGAAGUGCAAACGCCACCGGCCGACGCUGCUGCUGGAGAACUAUCAGCCGUGGUUAGACCUGAAAGUUCCUUCAAAGGUCGACGCUUCAGCAGCAGAGGUGUUCGAGUUAGUUCUGGAGAACUUUGUGUACCCGUGGUACCGGGACAUCACGGACGACGAUGCGUGUGUCGAUGAACUCAGGAUGACUUUUCGUUUCUUCGCCUCGGUUCUCGUCCGCCGCGCUCAGAAGGUUGAUGUCCCUGCUGUGUUUGCAGACAAAGUGAUGAAAGCUGGAAUGAAGCACAUUGAAAUUAUUGCAAAAGCUCAUAGAAAAGUUCAGAGUGUGGAGGGUUUGCAGCAGGCGGCUCUGGAUGAAUUCGGCGCUGAUCUCCACAUCGCGCUGCGCAGCCGCAAAGACGAGCUGCUCUACCUCCGGAAACUCACAGAGAUGCUGUUUCCUUACGUCAUGCCGCCCAAAGCCACCGACUGCAGGUCUCUGUCUCUGCUGCUGCGGGAGGUGAUGUCUGGAUCCGUCAUGUUGCCCACCAUGGACUUCAUGGCCGACCCUGAUACUGUGAACCUCAUGGUGCUGAUAUUUGUUGAUGACACUCCACUCGAUCCGGCCACCGAGCCCCCGUCUCCACUCGUUCCUUUUUUACAGAAAUACGCCGAAGUCAGCAACAAGAAGCAGUCUGUGUUGAAGCUGGACCUGAAGGAGAUCCGGGAACAGCAGGAUCUACUUUUCCGCUUCAUGAACUUCCUGAAGCAGGAAGGAGCCGUGCAUGUGCUGCAGUUCUGCCUCACCGUGGAGGAGUUCAACGAUAAGAUCCUGAGUCCUGAUCUGAGUGACUCUGAGCUGCAGCGUUUGCACGGAGAGGUCGUUCACAUCUACGAGACGUACUGCCUCGAGGAGAGCAUCGACAAGAUCAGCUUCGACCCCUUCAUCGUGGACGAGAUCAGGAACAUUGCUAUAGGGCCGUACGGCGGCGUGGUGAAGCUCCAGACGAUGCACUGCCUGUUUGAAGCGUACGAACACGUGCUGUCUCUGCUGGAGAGUGUCUUCACCCCCAUGUUCUGCCACAGUGACGAGUACUUCAGACACCUGCUGAGGGGAGCAGAGUCUCCAACCAGGAACUCCAGAAUCAGCAGAAACAUGUCGAAGCGAGGUGAGUCGUUUGGGAUCAGCAGGAUUGGCAGUAAAAUAAAAGGUGUGUUUCGAAACACGACGAUGGAGGGAGCGAUGUUGCCGCCCCUGAACAUGAACGAUAUGGACGAAGACAUGGUGGAGGAGGCGACAGUGGUGAUGGAGGACGACUCCCCCGCGGAGCCUCCCUGCUCAGCUGGGUCUCUGAGGAACCUUUCCUUCUGGAGCAUCGGCAUCCCGUACAUCGACCUCUGUGACGAUGACAACAAGAGAGACAAGAUCCCCGUGUUCUACAUCGAUGUGGAGAGAAACGACAGGAAGGAAGUUGGUCAUGAAACAGAGAAGUGGUCGGUCUUCAGAAGAUAUCUGGAGUUCUACGUCCUCGAAUCAAAACUCACCGAGUUUCACGGCACGUUUGCAGACGCUCAGCUUCCGUCCAAAAGAAUAAUCGGACCCAAGAAUUUGGAAUUCCUCGAAUCCAAGAGAGAAGAGUUUGAGGAAUAUUUACAG